UUGGCUAUCGUUGGUGUCCAUCAGCAGUAUGCCGACAAGUGGUUGGCUGUCUUGAUGUGGGUGGGGACAAACAUGCGCACGGCGGGCGGAGGUGUUAAAGCGCUGGAUACAACAGCUGGCAAAAGGCGAAGAGCGAAGGCAACCUGUCAACGCGCGGAGAUUUUGCAAGGGUCUUUAUAUUGUUUAAAAAAUAUCAUAUUUUAAAAAAAGGUUUGACGUCAUGCGUUACUGACGUUCGUGUUUGCACAGUGUGCGUGGGAGAGCGCCAGAGAGAAAAAAAAUAAAAUGCAUGACAACUGUUGAAUGUUCGCGCAUCUUCAGUCGGGUGCUGUGCACGCAAGGGAAGACAAGGUUGGGAAGAGGAGAUAUUCAGCUGAGGCCGGCGUCGCGCUGUGACAGUAAUAGGACGAGGCGACAUGGCUGAUGGAGCGGCACCGAACUGCCACCUGCGCCUGGAGUGGGUUUAUGGCUAUCGUGGGCAUCAGUGUCGGAACAAUCUCUACUAUACCGCUUCCAAAGAAAUCGUUUAUUUUGUUGCGGGUGUUGGAGUGGUUUACAACACGCGGGAGCAUAAGCAAAAAUUCUUUCUGGGUCACAACGAUGAUAUAAUCAGUUUAGCGUUGCACCCAGAACGAACUUUAGUUGCAACAGGUCAAGUGGGAAAGGAGCCACAUAUAUGUGUGUGGGAUACCUACAAUGUGCAGACGAUAUCCAUCCUGAAAGAUGUUCAUACACAUGGAGUAGCCUGCUUGGCCUUUGAUCAUGAUGGCCAGCGUUUGGUAUCUAUUGGUCUGGAUUCCAAAAACACUGUUUGUGUUUGGGAUUGGAAGAAAGGAAGAGUUCUUGCUACUGCAGCAGGACACAUUGAUAGGAUAUUUGAUGUUUCUUGGGAUUUACACCAACCAAACAAAAUGAUCAGCUGUGGUGUAAAACAUAUUAAGUUUUGGAGUUUAUGUGGGAAUGCUUUGACGGCAAAACGGGGUGUGUUUGGUAAAACUGGAGAGCUCCAAACUAUUUUGUGCCUAGCAUGUGCACGUGAUGAGAUUACUUAUUCAGGAGCACUAAAUGGUGAUAUUUAUGUAUGGAAAGGGAUUAAUCUUGUGCGGACUAUCCACAGUGCACAUGGGUCAGGAAUCUUCAGUAUGAAUGCCUGUGAGGAAGGAUUUGCCACAGGAGGCAGAGAUGGCUGUGUUCGUUUGUGGGAUUUAAAUUUCCAGCCCAUCACCUUGAUAGAUCUCAGGGAAACUGAUCAAGGAUACAGAGGCCUCUCAGUGAGGAGCGUGUGCUGGCAAGGGGAUCAUAUUUUGGUUGGUACGCAAGACAGUGAAAUCUUUGAAAUUGUGGUACAUGAACGCAACAAACCUUUCCUAAUUAUGCAAGGACACUGUGAAGGAGAACUCUGGGCCUUAGCAAUUCAUCCAACAAAGCCUUUAGCAGUAACUGGAAGUGACGAUCGAUCUGUUCGAAUAUGGAGCCUUAUUGAUCAUGCUCUGAUUGCCCGAUGCAAUAUGGAAGAAGCAAUUCGUUCUGUUGCUGUGAGUUCAGAUGGCAUUCAUCUUGCUCUGGGUAUGAAAGAUGGUUCUUUUACUGUACUCCGGAUCAGAGAUAUGACUGAAGUUGUUCAUAUUAAGGAUAGGAAAGAAGCAAUUCAUGAAUUAAAAUAUUCACCUGAUGGAUCAUAUUUGUCUGUGGGCUCAAACGAUAGCUCUAUUGAUAUCUAUGGAGUCUUGCAACGAUAUAAAAAAGUUGGUGAAUGUUUCGGAUCUUUGAGCUUCAUCACACAUAUGGAUUGGUCAACUGAUAGUAAAUACUUGCAAACUAAUGAUGGCUCUGGAAAAAGAUUGUUUUACAGCAUGCCAAGUGGUAAAGAAAUUACAAACAAAGAAGAGAUAAAGGAUGUUCAGUGGGCAACCUGGACUUGUGUAUUGGGUCCAGAAGUAAAUGGAAUAUGGCCUAAAUAUUUAGAUGUCAAUGGCAUUAAUUCAGUGGAUGCAAAUUUCAAGGACCAGGUUUUGGUUACUGCAGAUGAUUAUGGAUUAGUGAAACUUUUUCGAUAUCCUGGUUUCAAAAGAGGAUCCAAGUUUAAAAAGUACAUUGGUCAUUCAGCACAUGUGACCAAUGUGCGAUGGUCAUAUGAUUACCAAUGGGUUCUUUCUGUUGGUGGAGCAGAUCAUUCAGUUUUCCAGUGGCAGCUUAUCCCUGAAAGAAAAUCUAAAGAAUUUCUUCAUAUUGUACUUCAAGAAAGUUUUGUAGACUCCAAUAGUGACCAGUCCGACUCUGAUCAGUCUGAUGUACCUGAACUUGACUCUGAGAUCGAACAAGAACUACAGAUAAAUUAUCAUCGGCAGAUUUAUAAAGAAGACCUAUCUCAGCUUAAAGAGAAAUGCAAAGAAAAGCGUCAAGCAGCAACUUCAAAGAAACGGGAAAAACCUCCAGACAGCAGCGUGCGCUUACAUUUUGUUCAUGGUUACAGAGGCUAUGACUGCAGGAACAAUUUAUUUUACACACAAACUGGAGAGAUUGUGUACCAUGUCGCAGCAGUAGGAAUAGUAUAUAAUCGUCAGCAGAAUAUUCAACGAUUCUACCUUGGCCAUGAUGAUGACAUUGUCUGCCUAGCAAUUCAUCCUUUAAAGGAUUAUAUAUCAACAGGCCAGGUGAGUCGUGAUUCUGCAAUUCAUAUCUGGGAUGCAGAGCUGUUGAAGCCAUUAUCAAUUUUGAAAGGACAUCAUCAAUUUGGGGUUUGUGCAGUAGAUUUUUCAGCGGAUGGAAAGCGUUUGGCAUCAGUUGGACUUGAUGAAAAUCAUACAAUAGUUCUCUGGGAUUGGAGAAAGGGAGAAAAACUUUCUUCGGUAAGAGGAAGUGCAGAGAAGAUUUUUGUUGUCAAAUUGAACCCCUAUAUGCCAGACAAGUUGGUUACUGCUGGGAUAAAACACAUCAAGUUCUGGCAGCGAGCAGGUGGAGGACUGACUGGGAGAAAAGGCUGUUUUGGAAACCUGCGGAAGACAGAAACUAUCAUGUGCGUUGUCUAUGGUUGGACAGAUGAAAUGGUUUUCUCAGGAACAUCAGCUGGUGAUAUUUACAUAUGGAAAGAUAUGUUCAUUAUUAAGAGAAUCAAAGCCCAUGAUGGACCAGUUUUCAGCAUGCAUGCCCUGGAGAAAGGAUUUGUGACUGGUGGAAAAGAUGGCGUUGUUGUCCUCUGGGAUGAUAGUUUUGAGAGAUGUCUGAAAACAUACUGCAUCAAACGUUCUGCACUUGCUCCAGGUUCUAAAGGUCUGUUGCUUGAAGACAACCCUUCUAUUCGUGCCAUAACGUUAGGCCAUGGCCAUAUAUUAGUGGGUACAAAGAAUGGGGAAAUAUUAGAAGUUGAAAAAAGUGGUCCCAUUACCCUACUGGUUCAGGGUCACAUGGAGGGUGAAGUGUGGGGUUUAGAUGUUCAUCCCCAUUUACCUAUCUGUGCUACUAUUAGUGAUGACAAAACUCUGCGAAUUUGGGAUCUCUCCCCAAGCCACUGUAUGCUUGCUGUCCGCAAACUAAAGAAAAGUGGCAGGUGUUGCUGUUUCUCUCCUGAUGGGAAAUCACUUGCAGUUGGCCUAAAUGACGGAAGUUUCCUGAUUGUAAAUUCAGACACUCUCGAAGAUCUUGUUUCAUUCCAUCAUAGAAAAGAGCAUAUUUCGGAUAUUAAGUUUUCCCCUGGUUCUGGAAAGUACUUAGCUGUUGCAUCUCAUGAUAAUUUCAUAGACAUCUAUAAUGUAAUGAGUAGUAAACGAGUUGGCAUUUGUAAAGGAGCUUCCAGCUAUAUAACACAUUUGGACUGGGACAAAAGAGGAAAACUUUUACAAGUUAAUACUGGUGCUAAGGAACAGUUAUUCUUUGAAGCUCCUCGUGGAAAACCUCAGAUUAUAAAUAAUGCAGAGGUGGACAAGAUAGACUGGACCUCUUGGACAUGUGUCUUGGGUACUUCGUGUGAAGGUAUCUGGCCCAUGGUAAGCGAGGUCACAGAUGUUUCUGCAUCCUGUCUUACUAGUAACAAAAAAGUGCUUGUUACAGGGGAUGACUUUGGAUUUGUGAAGUUGUUCCGAUACCCAGUGAAGGGAAAGUAUGGGAAGUUCAAAAGAUAUGUGGCUCACAGCACACAUGUUACCAAUGUACGUUGGACACAUGACGAUAGUUUGCUCGUUACGGUUGGGGGACCAGACACAACAGUGAUGAUUUGGACACAUGAGUUGGAAGGGUACAAGAAAGCCAUUCAAUAUGAUAGUGAGGAGUCUGAUUUUGAUUCUGAUGAAGAUGGUGGUUAUGACAGUGAUGUUACCCGGGAAAAUGAAAUCAAUUACACCAUCAGGGCCUUAAUGACAAGUCUUCGUCCGAUGUCUGGAAUCAAGCCUCAUCUACAGCAAAAAGAACCUUCCCUAGAAGAAAGACCACCUGUUAGUAGGGCACUGCCUCAGCCUGAGAAACUGCAAACAAAUAAUGUUGGGAAGAAAAAGAAACCUAUUGAGGACCUCUCCUUGGCAUUGGCAUUUGGAUAUCGUGGUAAUGACUGCCGAAACAAUGUACAUUAUUUAAAUGACGGCACUGAUAUCAUUUACCACACAGCAUCGAUUGGAAUUGUCCACAACAUUGCAACAGGUUUUCAGUCUUUUUAUCUUGAACAUACAGAUGACAUCCUGUGCCUCACGGUUAACCAACAUCCCAAAUUCCAAAAGAUAGUAGCAACUGGACAAGUUGGUGAUUCUGCUGAUAUGUCAGGUGCUGCCCCAUUGAUUCAUAUUUGGGAUGCUACAACCAAGCAGACACAUUCUGUGCUCCGUUGUUACCAUUCAAAAGGUGUCUGCUCUGUCAGUUUUAGUGCCACAGGCAAACUGCUGCUUUCAGUAGGGCUAGACCCUCAAAACACCAUCACUGUCUGGAGGUGGCAAGAAGGUACCAAAGUUGCCAGUAAAAGUGGUCACACCAAGAGAAUUUUUGUUGCAGAAUUCAGGCCUGAUUCAGACACUCAAUUUGUAUCAGUGGGAAUGAAACAUGUGCGGUUUUGGACUUUUGCUGGCAAAGCUCUACAGAGCAAAAAAGGCAAUUUAAGUUCAAUUGAAGAUGCUAGGAUGCAAACAAUGCUUGCUGUAGCUUUUGGAGCUAAUAAUUUGACAUUCACUGGUACAAUCAGUGGAGACGUUUAUGCUUGGAGAGAGCAUCUUCUGGUCCGAAUUGUAGCCAAAGCACAUAAUGGGCCUGUUUUCACAAUGUACACCACAUUACGAGAUGGCCUAAUUGUAACAGGAGGCAAAGAAAGACCGUCAAAGGAAGGAGGAGCAGUUAAAUUGUGGGAUCAGGAACUAAAACGCUGUCGUGCAUUCAGAUUGGAAACUGGGCAGGCAAUGGACACCGUGCGUUCAGUUUGCAGAUGUAAGGGAAAAAUUCUGGUUGGAACAAGAAAUGCUGAGAUCAUCGAAGUUGGUGAGAAGAAUGCUGCGUGCAACGUUUUAAUUAACAAUCACAUGGAUGGACCAAUCUGGGGUCUUUCAACCCAUCCUAUUAAAGAUAUCUUUCUGUCUGCAGCAGAAGAUGGGACUGUUAGAUUAUGGGACAUUACUGAAAAGAAAAUGCUGAAUAAAGUAAACUUGGGGCACCCUGCUCGAACAGUUGCUUACAGUCCUGAGGGAGACAUGGUAGCUAUCGGUAUGAGAAAUGGCGAGUUCAUUAUACUUGUGGUGACGUCAUUAACAAUCUGGGGCAAGAAACGAGACCGGAGAUCUGCCAUUCAAGACAUCAAGUUCAGUCCCAGCUCUCAAUAUCUGGCUGUGGGGACAUGUGAGAAUGCCAUUGACUUUUAUGACCUCACGUUAGGACCAGCACUAAAUCGAAUCAGCUAUUGUCGCGAUAUUGCCAGCUUUGUUAUCCAAAUCGACUUCUCGGCAGACAGCAAUUACAUCCAGGUUUCUACUGGAUCAUACAAACGACUGGUGUAUGAGGUGCCUUUGGGAAAACAAGUUACUGAACAGUCUCGGAUAGACAGAAUAACGUGGGCUACUUGGACAAGUAUUCUGGGUGAUGAGGUCAUUGGAAUUUGGUCUCGAAAUCUCGAUAAAGCUGAUGUGAACUGUGCCUGUGUCUCUCAUUCGGGCCUGAACAUUGUAACAGGUGAUGAUUUUGGCUUGGUGAAGCUGUUCGACUUUCCAUGCACAGAGAAAUUUGCAAAACACAAAAAAUAUCUGAGUCACUCGGCUCAGAUUGCCAACAUAAAAUUCACUAGUGGAGACAGAUAUGUCGUCAGUGCCGGAGGGCAAGAUUGUAGUUUAUUUGUCUGGAAAUGUUUGUGAAAAUACAAACGGCCAUGAAAAAAAGCCUGAAUCAUAAAAGAAGAAUCAAGAUAUUCAUUAGAAAAUAAAGCUGGAAAUGCUGAAUUUAUGAAAACAAGGCAGCUAAGCACUAAUCUGCAAAACAAGAAGGCAACUUGCUUUCAAAAGUGUAAGACAAUUUUCAGCUAUCUUGGUUUAAGGCAAUUUGUCAGAUUUUCUACUGCACAGCCAUGUGUAUAUUGAUGCAGUGGUAACAGUAUUCAAAUCAUUCAUGAACUUUAGGACAGAGCUUGUAUUCAAACUUCAAUACUGGUGUACAAAUUAUUUUGACCAUUCUACAGCUAUGGUCCUGUUGUCAAGGACACAAUUGCUAAACAAUCGUGUGGCAAUGCCAUAAAAAUGGUUAAUUGAGUUCUAUCAAUAUACAAAAAAUGAACAAUGCGCUGUAAGUAUACUGCUAGAUAUAACACAAGCUUAAUAUCUUCACUUUAUUGUGUUGUAGCUGAUUUGAUAAGUAGCCUUAAAACAACGACCUUGUGCUUUUCAAAAUGUUGCAGUGCUGCGGAGUGUUCUGAACAGAAAAUGGUAUCUAGUGGCCUUCAUCCUGAAUGUACCAGCUGAGUAAUAUUAGAAUCAGUGUAAAAUCUGAAGCAAGCAUGCCAAAGUAUACUAUGCACUACUGUACCAAUCACUGUGGCAACCUGAACAAUUACAUUUAGUUCAGUGUAAAAAAGUUUGUAAUUUUUAUCAUGUAUUGUUUGCAGACAUAAAAUCGGCAAUCCUGCAAAUUAUAAUAAUUUUUCCAUUUAUGUAAUAUAUAAAUGAAAUGCAGUUUCUUGAAGCACAUAGUAAAUGUGUCAUUUUGAUGUGUAUUCUACAUAUUAACAGCAUCCCAGGGUGCAGUGUUAUGAAGAAUCACUAAGUAUUGAACUGCUGGUUGUCUAAGUUGUACUGACGUCAAGCUUUCAGUAAUAGCUAAACAAUUUCUGUAAUGUUAAUAUAUAUUAUGAAUAGAAUAGAAAUUUAUUAUCACAUGUACUUUUACAUGAAAAAUAGUGAAAAGUUUUAUAAGUUGCCCCACCACGGCACCUACAUCAAUGACAAUAUUUCAUAUAGUUUCGUAUGUUAACUAAAAGCAAACUAAAUCCCUGUAACUUUUUAAUACUUAAUAUUUUAUUCAUCUAUGACAAGUCCAGUUGAAUGGUUUAUUGAUGUAAAUUUAAUCAUUGUGAAAUUAUACUGAAUGAGUUUAAAUCAGUUAAGAAAUUGCACUGUUUGCAACCAUAUUUUACUAUAACUUAUGCAAUAUCAAAUGGCAUUAUUGUAAUAUUCAAAAUUAUGCAUUGCGUUGUGCCAUUGGAGUGAAUGAAAUUUAACAAUUUUGAUUUCCUGAUUUUGUUGUAUCUCUUGUAUUUCCCAAUCACAUUCCAGAUAAAUCAAUGACACGAAAAGACAAAUAGAAUUCCUAAUGGUUCCUGCUAAUGAAUUUGACUACUGCACAAAAAAAAUCAAAAUAUUUCACCAACUUCCUCAAUAUGGUCCACUGUCAAAAUGAAAUAAAAUGUUGCAAAGGGAAAUGCAUUGAUUCAACGUAAUGUAUUUAUAAAAUCUAAAUGCUGUCAUCACACCACAUAAUUACUCAAAUAUCAAUGGAAAUGGAAACAGCUAUGAAAAUAUUACAAUUGUGUGUAGUUGUGCCUGUAGGUACUAAAUCUUACUUCGCAGGCGCUUUUUGGCUUGAACCAUUUCAGCUUUUGCAAACAAGCUGCAAGAUUGGCUCUAUGCAACCAGUAGAACAGAUUCUACCUGCAGGUUGAGAUUGUACAGUUGAUUUAAAGUUUUUAUAUUCAACCAGCUGAGGAUGUCUUGUCACUAGCAAUCGUAGUUUUAUGUUAUUAACCAAGACUCCAAGCAAUUUUGUAACCAAAACCAUAGUUCUUUCAUUUGCAAAUCAUGUUAUUUCAAAAACUAACUUCUAAUGAGGAACAUGGAGAAGCCAAGACAAACAUGUGACUUAGUUACUGCACUUAACCAUAUUUCAAGGCACCAGACAAUUCCCAACCUGAAUAUUUUUUAAAAGGAAUUCAAAAUCCAAUGGAAAUAAAAUAUAGCUUAAAAUAAUAUUCAAGUUGAUUGUUUUCUCUGUCACAAAAAUAGUUUCAGCAAAUGUUGUGCCCUAAAUACUCAACUACUGUACAAAAUUCCUGGGAUAUGGUGUGGCAUAACUAAAUCCCUUGUGGGCAAUGGCGGGGAUAAAGUUUGGUGCAGAAUUCCACAAAUAAUUAGUGUUUCUGCACAACAAUUAGUCAUAGGGAUUUAAUACUGAUUGCAAUGCUAAUCUGUGACUAAUUUUAAAAAAAAUUCUGAACGACAGAUGUCGAUCCAAUGUAAAUGACUCUAAAUAGAUGAAUUACAAAUAAACAAUGCAACAGUAAUGGGUUCAUUAAACAAG